AUGAGCAGACAAGUCCCCAGGCUACGGCUAUUUGGUGGCGACCACCGAUCAACUGUCUGGUUCGGUCUGGCCAGGCUCCUGAUGCCCGAUGAAUACAGGCGUGUGGAGGCCAUCCGGCGAAGCAGACGAGAAAGGGCGAAGCGAGAAAAGGAAAAAGCCGUAGCAGAAGAGGCAAGCGCUGGCGAAGACGCCGGUGGCGUCACCGCAAUGGAUGCCAACGCUGCCACUGGUGGCGAGAGCACUAACGGUGCAGAUAAUGCUGCCGUUCGCAGUGACGCUGGCGGUGGCGCCGAGGGUAACGAUGGCGGAGAUAAAGCUGACGAGCCUUCGGCUGACGGCACUCCAGAGGGCGCAGAAGAACCAGACAAUCAUCAAGAUCACAACUCCGACGGGGAGCCGGUAGAACAUGGAGCUGCCCCGUCUGAUACAGGCGACCUCCCACGAGCAGAACCCUCUGAUGACCAGGGUACAAGCCGCAAUGGCAAUGACACCGAACCUGAUGGCACAGGCGAGCAACCACCGAGUCAACAUGGGUCAGGUUCCGCUCUCGGUGGAAAUCGAGACAAAACAAACGGUGAGGUCGAACGUGGUGUGGUGAAGAAACAGGGUUCCUCGAGGGCGUCAACGCCACUCGGCGCUCCAUCCUCCCGGCGGUCAUCAAGAGCCUCGUCAAUGCUUCGCGCACAGUCUGUAUCGUCCUCCACCACAUUGGCACCAGAUCUAUCGACAACACCAGGUAGCCAAGUCAGGGCGCGGACGGCAGGGCGCUCCGGUCACUCGAGUUCUCCAGCCGACCAACAGUCAUCCGCGUCUCGUCAUCGCACGCGAGCAACAGCGUCAACAGGUUCUUCUCGACGAACCUCUGCCACCGGUGGUACAAUAUCUCAUACACGAGCUCGCAAGUCUCAACACAGUUCGUCUAAUUCUCGCAUAUUGACAAGUCAACAAGGAUCAUCGCCGCCAUCGCCGCAAGCAGUCCAAAUCCCUCCUGGCACAUCUUGGGAGUGGCCACCCCAUACACAUUUCCAGAACCGGGCCCGAGCCCACGGUUCGCCGGAUCGUGCUUCAGGGACGGCAGUACCUUCCCACCCCCUCAUGGCAUACCAAUACCACUCUGUGCUGGUUGGUCAAGACCAACAUCACGGAUACACGUACCAUCGACAGAUGAUGCAGUACCAACAGGGACAUGGACAUUCAUUGUACAUGGCUGCCGAAACAAUGCAGUUCGGCCCAUCAUCGGUUCCAGCCUAUGCUGCCGUUCCUGCACUACACCACCCCGAGCAGUUCUAUCGUAGGUGA